AAAGGGUUUAGUAAAAUGUAAUGUUUCAUGAUCGGUGUUUCAAAAAAAAAAAGAGUAAUGUUUCAUGAUCGAGUUAUAUACUCAAACAAACAAAGAAUACGACUAUUCAUUCAUACUCGUUAAUAUUUGGUCUAGUUUCUUUUACGUAAGGUAAUACUAGAAACGGUUUGCAUUUUAGAUUAUUUGGGUCUCAAGUUUUGCUUAUUGUUUUUUGCAAAAAAAAAAAAGUUUUGCUUAUUGUUACAUGUUCUUCGUAGGGUGAUGAGGUCAAGUCCAACAGUUAUCAUUUUUUUUAAGGUCUUUGCUAAAGAUAUGUCUAACGAAACACUAUUGUUUUUUAAAUACUUCAAUUCCUUCGUAUAUUCUCGGCCUCAAACGCGGGAAGCGUGAUCGUGUCAAUUAUCAAUUAUUUAUUUCCUUUUCUGGGCAACUCACUAUAAAUGAAGAAAAUGAAUUGGUAAAGAAUCAAAAGCUAAUAUACUCCUAAUAUUCAAAGGAUCGUAUAUAUAUUGCAUGAGCUGAUAAUAAAAUCCAUAUAUCAAGACUAGGUCUACGCAUAUAAAUUGAGAACCGAUAACUGAACGAAAUCAAAUCUAAAACCAACAGAUGUUCACAAAUAAGCGAGUAAUUUUUAUAUCUCUGAACCGAAAACCGAAUGAGUGCAUGAAUAUCUAAAAUAUAGUUUGAUUAUCUAAACUAUUAAUUAUAUUUGAUAAAAAUUUAAAAUAAUUUUAAAAUAUUACUUAUAAACCAAAUACCCAAAAAAUCAAAUUACCUGAUUUUUAUAUGAAAUAUUUCAAAAUUUUCCAAAUUAACCGAAAGAACCAAAUUGCCUAAUAUUUUUUAUCCAAAAUAUUUAGAUAUAUUUGAUUUACUAGAUAUUUAAUCUGAAAAACUGAAAAAAUAAUAAUCAAAAUCUGAUUUUUAUCUGAUUUAUCUGAAAACCAUAACCGGAUUGAAACCAGAAUUUUAUCGGAUAUUAAUUGUUUUCUACCACUGUUACGGUGUUACCUCAAUCAAAAACAAAGUAACCGAACCAAAAUCAAACCAUAACCGAACUGAAAACUGAAAGCUUAUGCCUAAUUGAGACCAUGAAAAUCCAAUAAAAAUUUUGAAAUAUUAUUGGUUUCAAUCUCGUUCAGAAAUAGCAUCUCAGCCCAUAGGCCAAAUUGUUUUCUGUUUGUAGUUGCAUAUUUCCCGCCUUAUUUUUUAAGUCAGAUUAGUUUUCCAUUUCAUUAUAAACAAAAUUGCUAAAAACAGAAUUCUUCAACAACAAAUAAACAAAAUUCGCUUUGAACUUUGAUUAUUGUUUUGUAGGUUUCCCUUUUACAAAUAUAAAUCUUUCUUCAUCAUUCUUAUAAUCUUCAUUCCAAACCUAAUCAAUAAUCAAAGAUGAAGCAAUUCUCGAGACUUCUCUUCAUUUUCAUUCUCUAUCUCUCAUAUGUCAAUGCUGACUCCAAUCUUAUUACCGAUCUGUGCAAACACUGUGACGAUCCAAAACUCUGCCUCUCAAGCAUACAGACCCGUCCUGAGUCUGGCGAGUUCGCAGCCACCACCAACCAGAUCGAGAUCAUAGCUAUCUCUGCCGCCUCAGCUAACGCCUCCUCCACUUCCGCCUAUAUUAAGGAAAUGCUUAGCCGAGAGGAUCUAGAGCCGGCUACGGAGGCCACACUCGAGGACUGCCAGAAGAAUUACCAAGAUGCUGUGGAGCAGCUCGACGACUCGAUAUCUGCUAUGCUUGUUGAUGCGCAUGCCGACGUCGACGUCUGGCUGAACGCGGCAAUCAGCGCCAUCGAGUCUUGUAGUAACGAGUUGGAGUCAGGAGCCGGAAACGAUGCAGAGCUUUCUCAGAGGAUCGAAUGGUUUCUUAAACUGUGCAAAAACGCUUUGGUAAUUAACAAAAUGUUAAUAUGAGUUUAACUCCCAACAUUUGAAUGUUUCCGUACAAUAUUUUGUUGUUUGUUUGCUUUUUUCGUCAACUUUUUUCUCAACUCUUUGUUGUAUUGAUUUAUAUGAAUAUCAUUGCAUUGCAUUAAAUAAAAACGUCAAAAAGAGAUUCUUUUUUCAUAGUUUCAGUGAUCAAAUACAAUGUCAAUUUCAACUAGGCCUGGGC